GCCCGACUAUCGAUGCAGCCCAGAAGCUGCCCCGUUGCCCCAUCUCCCCUGUCACUGAGAGCUGCUGCCAGGUGCAUCCGCCUGCUCUUGGCUCAAGGUGGCUCCUCCAGUGCCACCGCUGCCAGCUGGCAUGCCACCCCUCUGCCCCGCGUGACGCCCGGGGCUCUUUGGGACCCUGCUGAGCCGCGGGCACCGACUCGGACGUGCCGGGCUCUGGUCCGGAGCCUGCUGAUGAGGGCUGAUUUAGUGGCGAUCGAACCGCAUUUGAAGCGCUCCGUGAAACACGAGACGGGCGCCUGCAGCUCUCCAGGCACAGGGGCGGCCGCGGUGCCCCGGGGGCGGUGGCACAAGGGCAGGAGCCGGCCGGGCUCGGCGCUGCCAAGGGCAGGGCUCUCCACCGGCAGCAGGCAUGAAGCGACCCCUGAGCCCAUCCCACAGCCCCGAGAGCGCAGUGCAGCUGCUGGAGGAGGCCAGCAGCCCCCCCAGCCAGCCCGAGCAGCGCAUGAAGCGGGAGAAGAAGCAGCAGUCGUUCACACUUUGCGAGGUCUGCAAUAUCCAGCUCAACUCAGCUGCCCAGGCGCAGAUCCACUACAACGGCAAGUCCCACCAGAAGCGCCUCAAGCAGCUAAACAAGGGGAAGAUGCCAGCAGCCCAAGGUCCCUCCGGACACAGCAGCCCCCUCUUAGCGUCGUUGCCCAUCCCUGGCCGGCCUCUUCAUCCCCCCUUGGACAUCAAGCACUUCCUGACCUUCAGGCUCAACGGGACAUCACCGCUCAACCUCUUCCCCAACUUCAACACGAUGGACCCGGUGCAGAAGGCGGUGAUCAGCCACACCUUCGGCGUGCCGGCCCCGCUCAAGAAGAAGCAGUUCAUCUCCUGCAACAUCUGCCACCUGCGCUUCAACUCUGCUAACCAGGCUGAAGCCCACUACAAGGGCCACAAGCACGCGCGGAGGCUGAAGGCCAUCGAGGCCAUGAAGAACAAGCAGAAGGUGGUGGGGGCUGCAGCGGGGACCCCUGGCCAGGACAGCACGGCCGACCUGGCCCCCAGCCCCGUGGGCAGUGGGGAGCUGGGCAGCACAGCUGAUGCCAGUAGCCCACAGGAGUCAGAGGGUGAGGGCAGCAGCCUGGGGCUGGUGCCCAGCACUGAGGAAUCCCCUGUGGAGCUGCCAGGCAGCGUUGCCCCGCUGGGCUCCCCGCCGGCCUCCGAGCUGUCAGAGGGCAUCUCAGAUGCCACCAGCGUGGCCUCCUCGUCCGCCCAGGCAGCUGAGGCACAGGCAGCUGAGUCAGGCAGCAGCGUCAGCUCGGCCCCUGAGAGUGAGAAAGAGGGGAAAAAGAGCAAGCAGCACCUGUAUUGUCCCACCUGCAAAGUGACCGUCAACUCCCUGUCGCAGCUGGAGGCUCACAACACCGGCGCCAAGCACAAGUCAAUGCUGGAAGGUCACGGCACCCAGCUGCGGCGAGGCCGGGGCAAGCUGCUCUCCCGGGCAGGGCACAAGUCCAAGCGGAUCGGGAACAAGGGCAGCAUCAACAUCCAGAACAAGGCGUUUCACUGCCAAGUCUGCGAGAUCUACGUCAACUCCGAGACCCAGCUCAAGCAGCACAUGAGCAGCCGGAGGCACAAAGACAGGCUGGCAGGGAAGCCACCCAAGCCCAAGUACAGCCCCUACAACAAGCUGCAGAAGAAUGCUGCCCUCGCAGUGAGUAUUCUCAAGUCCAAGCUGGCUUUGCAGAAGCACCUCACCAAAACCCUGGCAACCCGUUUCCUGCCAAGCCCGCUCACCGCCGCUGCUGUCUGCGCCAUGCCUGGACCCCUCGCCUUGCGACCAGCAGCCGCCACCACCCUGUUCCAAGCCCCCAUCCUCGGACCAGCCCUUUUCCGAACGCCGCCGGCCCACGUCCGCCCCACGCCGGGUCCCAUCGUCUUCGCCCCCUACUAGAGCUGCUGGCCCAGCGAGGGUCUGUGCACCGUGGCCGGGCUGGGCUGCGGGGGCUGCGCGCUGGGGGCAGCGCUUCUGGUACCUGCUCUCCUGGCUGGUGGGAAAAUGUAGUCGUAGACAUCAACCCCAGCUUCUCCUUUGCUUGGAGAGGGCUCCCACUGGAGAGAGGUGCCCCAAGAGAGCCUGGCCAGCCCCGCCGCGCAUCCCCACCGCUCCCCCAGCCUGUGCUGGCCCCCUGCUCAGCAGAUGAGCCCAGGCAGUGCACGGAAGAGGAUAGUGUCCAGAUCAGCAGGACCAUCUCAUGGCCAGAGCCUGCCUGUUCUUGGCCUGCUGUCUGCUUCUUCAUCGCCCUCCCAGUUACCAGACUGGAGGGAGAGGAGCUGGCUGGUCCCUGGGAGAAGGAGCAUCCCUCUGGUCCCUGCCAGCCCAGUGGGAAGGGAACUGCGAGGGGAAUCUCAGCCCAGCUCUUUCUGGGAGAAACAACCCCAGCACAAAUGGGAAGCUGGCAGUUUCUCUCUCAGCCUGGGCUGGCUGUGCCCUUGCCAGCCCUGCACCUGCCUGUGCUGGCAGGGGGUUUCUGUGCCACCCACCAGCACCCCGUCCCCACAGUUCCCUACGUCCCACCAGCCAAAGAGCCCCCGUGGUGGCAGGCACCGGCCACACUGACCAUAUCCUCACUCCGAGAGCAAUAGCUGACCCCAGGGCCGGCGCCUCCUCCCUCCAAAGCACACGGGCCCUGCCCUGGCCCCAGAAGCACACGGGCAUGUGGCUAAGCCGGGCCCCGCUCAUGCCCAGCAAGGCCAGGAGUGCCAGGCUUGUCCGGUGCUGGCUCCCCAAGGAGGUGACCCUGUGCUUGGCACCUGUCCUUGUCUCUGUCCCACCGUGGGGACAGCCCUGCCCCUACCUCCCGGGAGAUGCUGUGAGGCUGAGUGAAUGUCCCUAAAGCACUUUCAGUUCUCCAGUGAAAGGCAACGCUGCUGCUCACCUGCCGUGCACAGCCCUCCGAUCCCAUCCCAGCUAGGAGCUUCCAGGAAGUUACUGAUGAUUCCCAAAAUCAAAGGUGUCCUCAGCAGCCUGGACAAUCAGGUGGCAGGUGCACGCAUAGCCUGCAGAGUGCCAGGCUCUGGAGGGACCCCGAGGCCAUAGCUCUGCAUUUCACUGUGCUCAGACAGCCCAGCCAUGACCCGUCUGGGACUGUCACCGCGGCGCUCUGGGUGCCCAGCACGCUGCUGUACAUAGAGAGAGUUGCAUCCCAAAUGGACCUUUCUCUGGAGGAACACCCCACCCUGAUCUAUGCAAUCCAGGGGGCAGCUCACCCGCCGCAUCGGCCGCCUGCGAUUCCCUUUGGUGCUGAGGCAUCCCUGCAGCUGGAGCAGUGGUGGCAGCAGAAGAACCAACGUGACGCUGAGCUCUGUCUCAUCCCUGGCCCAGAGCGCUGGUUCAGACCUCUGCUGUGACUCCCAUUCCCUCCCAGCCCUCGGGAAGAGGCAGGUUGGUGUGUGCACCUGGGAAUCCACACGCACAAGCACACAUAUCUGACGUCUUGGCCAUAAGCAGCGCCUGGAUUUCAGAAGGAUUUUGCCCAGCGUGCUCCACCGAUGCUCAGGAUGGGUCCUGGAACAGGGAGUGGCCAACGGGUGACUCAGAUGGCUGAAACAUACCUGCUUCCCAGGGCUGGAGCCUUGGCAAGGGCAGGACAGCUGCAGGAAGGAGCACACACCUGCAGGGUCUGUGGGCAGCACCAACCGCGGAGCCACCACUGCGCUCCUGCCGUGGAGACAGGAGAGUGAGGAAGCCCCUGGGUGUGAAUUCACCUGCGCAGGGCAUCCCUUCCCCAGGGAAGGAGGAGAGUGGAGAGAGGGCACCAGGAGAAGAGUGAGCAGCUGUGCGUGGAGACAAUGCAAAGGUCUUGCAGCAGUGGUGGGACAUGUGGCUCGGAGCACAGCUGAGGGAAGCAAGGCUCCCUGCAGAAAUGGCUUUGCCAGGGAUAGGGAGAUGGUCCCACAGCCCAGGGGACAGGAGCCUGUGCUGGUGGGGCCCCAGGGGACAGGAGGGACGCUGUCCCUGUUCCCCAGUGCCAAGCAGUCUGUGGCCAGCAUGUCCCCAGCCACCCCUGCCCGUCUCACUGUGCCCUUCCCAGGCCCUCAGGGUCACCCCCAGUCCGGCCACCGCAGCAGGACAAUGGGUCCCCUCCUGUGCCAUGAGCCCCUGGUGCUGUGCCCAGCCCCUCAGAAGCUGGGGGAGCCAGGAGCAGCUGGGCUGCAGCUUGCAGAGCUGUGUGGCACCAGCGGGCCUGUUCCCCUCCUUUGUUCCAAAAAGCCUGUGCUGGAGCCAUGGCUGCUCCUUGCCCCUCACCAGUGGAGUCCUGACGCACUCCUGUUCUUGGCACUUUAACCCUGUGAAAGCCAUUCCUUCUAGUGACAAUAAUACUGCAACGAGCUGCGUAAGAAACCCCCGUUAUGGCAUCCCCCCAAAUCCCCUCCUGCUCUCCAAAGCAUUUACUGCCUUUGACUUAGCACAUGCUGUACUAGGAGUAGGGAUAGUCCAUAGCGCUCGGUAACGUGUGCCCCUCUGUAAAUAACCUUGGAGUGAUGUGAAAUUUGAUUCAAAACACCAGAAAAACAGAACAAACCCAAAAUGGAAUAUCCAGACUCUAGGGACUUGGCCAGUACCCUCCUGUAAUGUUCAUUGUAUAUUUUUUGAUGUACUAUAACUGUUGGGAAAAAAAAAAAAAAGGAAAAUAUUUUGAUAACCGAAUCUCAUCGCUUUAUUGUGUUACUCGGUAAAUAAAAGGAACAAGUAUAAACACA